AUGCCGGUAAGACGAGGCCACGUGGCUCCGCAGAACACCUUCUUGGAUACCAUCAUCCGCAAGUUCGAGGAACAGAAUAGGAAGUUUAUCAUCGCCAAUGCACAGGUGGAGAACUGUGCGAUUAUAUUCUGUAAUGACGCCUUCUGUGGGAUGUGUGGUUAUACCCGGGCGGAGGUGAUGCAGAAGUCCUGCACCUGCAGCUUCCUGUAUGGACCUCACACCAGGAGACCAGCGAUGGCCCAGAUGGCUAAAGCUCUGCUGGGAGCAGAGGAGAGGAAGGUGGAGAUUUCACUCUACACUAAAGAAGGAGUGUGUUUAAACUGUGAAAUAGAUGUGGUUCCAUUGAAGAAUGAAGACGGACUGGUCAUCAUGUUCAUCCUCAACUUUGAGCUUCCCACCGACCCCAGACCAGCCAACAGCUCACCGGCCAGAGAGCUCAACAGAGUGCUGCACUUCCCCUGGCUGGCUGUGGAUUGGCGGCAGCGUCUGCACCUUUUCCUCCGCUCCCUCACCUCCACUUCAGGUGCCCUGUCCCACGACACAGAGCUGGGUUCUCCUCAUGCUGACCUCCCUCCCUUUGGUCAUGAGUCUGUGGCCCUGGACAAACUGCUGGCCCUCCCUCAGAGGCAGCAGCUGGAGGAGGCUGAGCUAAUGCUGAGGGAUAAAGAAGACGCGGAGGAUGAUGAGGAGGAACAAAUAGGAGGAGCAGGGAGAGGAGGAGAGAGGGAUGGCGUGGAGGCACCCAGGCGGAGUAGUGAGGGAGACAGAAAGAGAAGAGAGGGAGGUGAUGAUGAUGUUCUUCUGGUGGACACAAGAACAGGAGGAGGAGGAGGAGGAGGGAGGAGAGGGGGGGUGCUUCACACUGGUCUGCCCCCAUCUCCUCUUACCUCUACUCAUGCUGUGCCAAGGUAAUCUUUUUCCUUUUUUAGGAAAGCGCAGAGAAGGAGAGGCCAGGGUGAAGAUGGCAUCCACCCUCCGUCCAGUAGCUUUGAGGGCAGCUGCGGGAAUUUAAAACAUUCCUCCUCAGUGGACGAUAUCAAGAGUGGGCAGAGUUACUGGGAGAAGAGGCUGCAGCUGAGGAACAGCUGUACAGCUCGUAUGGUAACCGGCAGAAAGACCAGUGGGCCAGUUGGGACAUCAGACACUGAUUUGCGUUGCCGAACCAGCAGCCAGCAGAUGACCCAAAGCCCUCUGGCCCACUUACCUCCUGGUGAAAUCAGACCUCCUUGCAAACUGAUCGACAGAACGCACCAUGUCACUGAGAAGGUCACUCAGGUCCUGUCUCUGGGGGCCGAUGUGUUGCCAGAGUAUAAACUGCAGACUCCCAGGAUCCACAAGUGGACCAUCCUUCACUACAGUCCAUUCAAAGCUGUGUGGGACUGGGUGGUUCUGCUCUUAGUGAUUUACACAGCAAUUUUCACCCCUUACUCUGCUACAUUUCUACUGAGUGACCAGGAAGAAGCAGCCAUGCAGACCUGCGGUUACUCAUGUUCCCCCCUCAACGCGGUGGAUCUUGUUGUGGACAUCAUGUUCAUCGUGGACAUCAUUAUCAACUUCAGGACCACAUAUGUUAACUCCAAUGACGAGGUGGUGAGCCAGUCCUCUCGGAUUGCUGUCUACUACUUCAAGGGCUGGUUCCUUAUCGACAUGGUGGCAGCCAUUCCCUUCGAUCUCCUCAUCUACCGCUCAGGAGAGGAGGCGGUCAGGGGAGGUGGAGAAGGCGAGACCACCACCCUGAUUGGUUUACUGAAGACAGCUCGGUUACUUCGAUUGGUUCGUGUAGCCAGGAAGUUGGAUCGGUACUCUGAGUAUGGUGCAGCAGUCCUCUUCCUCCUCAUGUGCACCUUUGCCCUCAUCGCACACUGGCUGGCCUGCAUCUGGUACGCCAUAGGAAAUGUGGAGCGGUCAACCUCAGUUGGGAUUGGCUGGUUGGACAAUCUGGGCGAGCAGCUGGGGAAACCGUACAAUGACUCCAUCCUGGCGUCGGGUCCGUCCAUUAGAGACAAAUAUGUCACGGCUCUGUACUUCACCUUCAGUAGUCUGACCAGUGUGGGCUUCGGGAACGUCUCCCCAAACACCAACUCUGAGAAGAUCUUCUCCAUUUGUGUCAUGCUCAUUGGCGCUCUGAUGUACGCCAGUAUUUUUGGUAACGUGUCAGCCAUUAUCCAGCGGCUUUACUCUGGUACGGCGCGCUACCAUGCCCAGAUGAUGAGGGUUCGAGAGUUCAUCCGCUUCCACCAGAUCCCUAACCCUCUAAGGCAGCGGCUGGAGGAGUACUUCCAACAUGCCUGGUCUUACACUAAUGGAAUUGAUAUGAAUGCUGUAUUAAAAGGGUUUCCAGAGUGUCUCCAGGCAGAUAUUUGUCUCCACCUCAACAGAUCACUGCUGCAGAACUGCAACGCUUUCAAAGGAUCCACAAAGGGCUGUCUGAGGGCCCUGGCCAUGAGGUUUAAGACCACCCACGCUCCUCCUGGUGACACCCUGGUCCAUGCUGGCGACCUGAUCUCAGAUCUGUACUUUAUUUCCAGAGGGUCGAUAGAGAUCGUCAAAGGAGACGUGGUGGUGGCUAUACUGGGUAAGAAUGAUAUAUUUGGGGAGCCCAUCAAUUUGGAUGCUUUGCCAGGAAAAUCCAGUGCUGAUGUCAGAGCUCUGACCUACUGUGACCUGCACAAGAUAAACAGAGAGGAUAUGUUGGAGGUCAUGGACAUGUAUCCUGAGUUUUGUGAAUAUUUCUGGUCCAACUUGGAGAUCACCUUCAAUCUCAGAGAUGUGUUUAAUGAAGCUGUGGGUCUUCUGAGUGGACACAACUCAGCCUGUGAGGGCUUCAGUCGGCCCCAGAGGAAACACUCAGGUGUCACCAUCUCAGCAAAGAGACAGAAAUCUGCCUUCGGAUGUGGAAGACAACUCAGUUACUUGGAGCAGUGUGACGGCCAUGAUCAUAAACAUACACUUGAGGAUGAAGUGGAGGAGUUAGAUGGGACCAGUCCUCAGACGUGCGUCACCACCAGGUGCAGAGAGACUGACGCGUUUCCAGGAGUGUCCAGCAUCUUCACGUUCUUGAGCUCGGAGAGUCGAGAGGAACACACGUACCAGGAAGUGCCCUGCUCCCACAGCCUCACCUCACCGCCUUCUCGGCCUCCCCCUCACAAGCUUCUUUACCUGCCCUCCUCCCCCUCCCACUGUCCCUCCAGCCCUUCUCCUCCUCCUCCUACCGCCAUCAUCUCUGGGAGGCAGAGAGUGGAGCUGGAGAAAAGGUUAGAUGGUCUGCAGCGACAGAUAACCAGGUUGGAGUCUUGUAUGUCAGCAGACAUCAGGACCAUUAUGCAGCUGCUUCAAAGGCAGACACCAGUAAUCCCACCUUCCUACAGCACCCUGACGUCAUCUCCGAACGCAACGUCCUCCCCCAUCCUGUCUCCCACUGUCCCCUCCCCAUCUGGUGCCCCAAUCCCUGUCUUCCCCACUGACGAGUCACCAUCCGGGCCAAAUGAAAACCAAGAUAAAGUCCUAUAGGAACUUCCGGAAUCUGAUUCCAUCAAUUGGGGUUCCACUGUGCUCCAUCUCACCUCGUCACCCCCUCACACCCAUGCCUCACCCUUUAACACGUCUUCAUAUUAA